UUGUAAUUAUUAACAUCAGCCUGCUCCCCACAUUUCAUUUCAUCUUUCUCUUAUCUUGAAGUUGAAAUCUUCAUUAUCUUUAGUUUUUGUCCCUUAACCUUACCCAGGCUGCCCCAUCUCGUUAUUUUUCUUCCUUUCAUUAGCUCUAUAUUAUUAGCUGCACAUAGAGAGAGAGAGAGAGUGAAAGAGAGAGAUCAUGGCGGGAGGAGCUCCAGCAAAAGCAGAUGAACCACAGCCACAUCCACCGAAGGAACAGUUGCCCAACAUUUCUUAUUGCAUUACAAGUCCACCUCCAUGGCCCGAGGCCAUCCUUCUUGGUUUUCAACAUUAUCUUGUGAUGCUUGGCACGACAGUGAUCAUUCCCUCUUCUCUUGUUCCCCAGAUGGGAGGUGGAAAUGAGGAGAAAGCAAAGGUGAUCCAGACUCUGCUUUUUGUUGCUGGUUUGAACACAUUGCAGCAGACACUGUUUGGGACUAGAUUACCUGCUGUGAUUGGAGGGUCUUAUACCUUUGUCCCAACAACAAUUUCUAUUAUCCUUGCUGGUCGGUUCAAUGAUACUACGGAUCCUAUAGAGAGAUUUAAAAGGAUAAUGCGGGCAAUUCAGGGCUCCCUCAUUGUUGCAUCAACUCUUCAGAUUGUCCUCGGCUUCAGUGGCCUUUGGCGUAAUGUUGCUAGGUUUUUAAGUCCACUUUCAGUUGUUCCUUUAGUAUCCCUGGUUGGUUUUGGGCUAUAUGAGUUUGGUUUUCCUGGGGUUGCCAAAUGUGUGGAGAUUGGACUGCCUGAGUUAAUUCUUCUAAUAUUUGUCUCACAGUACAUGCCUCAUGUGAUAAAAUCUGGAAGACACUUGUUUGAUCGUUUUGCUGUCAUAUUUUCAGUGGUGGUUGUUUGGAUUUAUGCUCAUUUACUCACUGUGGGUGGUGCUUAUAAUGGUAAAGCACCAAAGACACAAGCAAGCUGCCGCACUGACCGUGCUGGUCUAAUAGAUGCUGCUCCAUGGAUAAGAGUUCCUUAUCCCUUUCAAUGGGGAGCACCUUCAUUUGAUGCUGGUGAAGCCUUUGCUAUGAUGAUGGCUUCUUUUGUUGCUCUUAUAGAGUCCACUGGGGCUUUUAUUGCAGUGUCAAGAUAUGCUAGUGCAACUCCGAUGCCUCCAUCUAUUCUUAGCCGUGGUGUUGGUUGGCAGGGAGUUGCAAUUUUGGUCUCAGGGUUGUUUGGAACUGUCAACGGAUCCUCAGUAUCUGUAGAGAAUGCUGGUCUUUUAGCCUUAACACGAGUUGGUAGCCGAAGGGUUGUACAAAUCUCAGCAGGAUUUAUGAUUUUCUUCUCCAUUCUCGGAAAAUUUGGGGCAGUCUUUGCUUCAAUUCCAGCACCCAUUGUUGCUGCUUUGUACUGCCUAUUCUUUGCAUAUGUUGGUGCUGGAGGUCUUAGUUUUCUUCAGUUCUGCAACCUAAACAGCUUCCGUACAAAGUUUAUAUUAGGCUUCUCUGUUUUUAUGGGCUUAUCUGUGCCACAGUACUUCAACGAGUAUACUGCAAUUAAUGGCUAUGGUCCUGUUCACACGGGCUCGAGAUGGUUCAACGAUAUUGUAAAUGUGCCUUUUUCAUCAGAGGCAUUUGUUGCUGGUUGCUUGGCAUAUUUCCUUGAUAACACAUUGCAUCGCAAGGAAGCUUCAAUCAGGAAGGACAGAGGUAAGCACUGGUGGGACAAGUUCAGGUCAUUCAAGGCUGAUCCAAGGAGUGACGAAUUUUAUUCCCUUCCCUUUAAUCUGAACAAAUAUUUCCCGUCUGUGUGAUAUAUGAGGUGCUGAGUUCAAGGUCGUGUUAUCGAAUAUUUAUCGCCUUUUGUUUUGUUCUUGAUGGCCCUACGUGGCUCACAUCUUACCAUCACAAACCAUUACUUCCCUCUUAUGAAUUGUAUUACACGCUAUAGCAGUAUAACAUAAUGUUUCCCUCUAUAGGAGGCCUUGGAACAUUUAUUGAAUUGCCUUUUUUUUUUUUUCCUUUCUCGCUGUAAAUCCAACGGAGACAGGUGGAUUUGAAGUGGCAAUGAAGCAGUUUUAAUGCCUCUGUUCAAUUCAUCUAGUUUGAUUUUUUUUUUUUUUGGUACAAAGGAAAAUGUAGCUGGAGAAUAAGAUAAAGAUUUAUAAGUGUUGGAUUUAAAUCUCAAACUUAUUUGAUAGCACUUUUAAAGAAUGAUUACAU